CAGGAGGCAUAGUCACCGGGUCUUCACUUCCGGGUCCGCCAUUUUAUUGCCUCCAUUUUUCCGCGAGGGGGGGGUUAAAGGUCCCCCAAAUAUGCAUAUGUGAAAAGGCCAAAAAGUGACGGCCGCUGGCAAGGAGUCUUAACUUGAGAAAGAAACGGGACCAAGCUGGCGGGCCCAGUAAGAGCGAAGCGGGCAGCGCUCCGGAAGAGCUCCCUGGAUACUUUUGUUCCUAUGCAUAAAGAUGUCUCUGGUGGAUUUGGGGAAGAGGCUGCUGGAAGCUGCAAGAAAAGGCCAAGAUGAUGAAGUGAGAACGCUGAUGGCAAACGGGGCCCCGUUCACCACAGACUGGCUUGGAACAUCACCUCUUCACCUUGCAGCCCAGUAUGGCCAUUAUUCCACAGCAGAGGUGCUCCUUCGAGCAGGCGUUAGCAGGGAUGCCCGGACCAAGGUGGACAGAACCCCUCUGCAUAUGGCUGCAGCUGAUGGCCAUGCACACAUCGUGGAGCUGCUGGUUAGGAGCGGUGCAGAUGUGAAUGCCAAGGACAUGCUGAAGAUGACCGCUUUACACUGGGCCACAGAGCACCACCAUCGAGAUGUUGUUGAGUUACUUAUCAAAUAUGGAGCUGAUGUCCAUGCUUUUAGCAAAUUUGACAAGUCUGCCUUUGACAUAGCACUGGAGAAAAACAAUACUGAGAUUCUGGUCAUCCUUCAGGAAGCAAUGCAGAAUCAGGUGAGCGUCAACCCCGAGAGAGCCAACCCAGUGAGCAACCCUGUGACUGUGGCUGCUCCAUUCAUCUUCACCUCUGGAGAGGUCGUUAACCUCGCUAGCUUUGUCUCUUCAGCCAACACCAAAGCACCCGCAGCUAAUUUAGAGGAAAUCGAAGAAGGAAAUUCACUUGACUCAUCAAUCCAGCAAGUGGUGGGGAGUGGCGGCCAGAGGGUCAUCACCAUAGUGACUGAUGGAGGCCCUCUGGGUAAUAUCCAAACCUCACUCCCUACUGGAGGCAUUGGCCAGCCCUUUAUUGUAACUAUGCAAGAUGGACAGCAAGUUCUAACUGUGCCUGCUGGUCAGGUUGCAGAGGAGACAAUAAUUGAAGAGGAAGAAGAGGAAGAAGAGAAGUUACCAUUGGCAAAGAGACCAAGGAUGACAGAGAUAACAAACAGUAUUGAGGAAAGCAAGGAAGGCAGCGAAAGAGAGCUACUGCAGCAGCAGCUCCAGGAGGCCAAUCGAAGAGCCCAGGAGUACAGACACCAGCUCCUCAAGAAAGAGCAGGAGGCAGAACAGUACCGUCUCAAGCUGGAGGCCAUGGCGCGACAGCAGCCCAACGGAGUUGAGUUCACCGUGGUUGAGGAGGUAGCUGAAGUGGAUGCUGUAGUAGUGACAGAAGGGGAAAUAGAAGAAAGAGCAGCAGAAGUGAUGAAGUCAGGAAGGACCACAGAGCCUCAUACUAGUGUUUCCAUAGAAACCAUUUCAUCUUAACACGCAAAGACCACAACUUGUACUCAUUCGUCUUAUUUUUAAGAAGAAAAUACAGAGGGCAAGCAUUGUGUACAAAUUAAGACUGUCUUUAAGAAGGGAACAGUAGCAGGGCUCAGUGCCUGGGCCAGGAAAGCUGUAUGUGCAGCUGGAGACUCAGAGCCACGUUAGGGGCAUCUAAGGGACCAAAGGACCAGGACCAAAUCUCUCAGCUCACGUCAUUGCUUUAAACAGAGUACUGAGCAUUGCGGAUUGAUUUUUUUUUAUAAAAAAAUAAUUAACUUUAUAUCAAAAGAUUUUAAGAUAAUACUUGUAAUACAUAUACACCAAGAGCCUUUAAUAAUUAUUCCUGAGAUCUCCAAGUGAUCUGAAGUUUGCCUUAGGUUUAUGAACUGCUAAGGUUGUAGGAAGACUCUUGCGAGGAUGAAGAAAAGAUACCGUACAUUCCUUCCUUUUCCUUUUUUUUUUUUUUUUUGGUGGAGAAGUUUAAGAUAGGAUUUCUCUCUGUAGCCCUGGCUGUCCUGGAACUCACUCUGUAGACCAGGCGGCCUCAAACACACAGAUCUGCCUGCCUCUGCUUCCCGAGUGCUGGGAUUAAAGGCCACCACCGCCCAGCUAAAGCUACCAUACAUUUCUAAGAAAGCAAGCACACGAGCUGCUCCUAGUUAAUCCACUGAAAAGGAAUCUAUGGGCUAGGAACAGUAGUACAUACCUGUAAUGCCAAUGCUCAGGAAACCGAGACAGAGCCGGUGAGUGUGAGGUCAGCAGGAGCUAGAGAGACUCCUUCUGUGUAAGAGGGCCAGCUGCCCUUUUCUGGCCUCUGUGAACACCCUGGCAUAUACAUACAAAUAAAAAUUAAAAAGUUAAGUAAGUUAGUUGAACGCCAAGGUUCACCCUUCAGGAUCAUGAGACUACAGCGAGAUUGAAGCCAACUUGAGCUCCAUAGUGAAUUACAGUGCAGCCCGGGCUACAAUGUGGGGCCUUACGCAAGAAAAGAAAAUCAAAUGUUGGAGUGGUGCACACCUCUUCCAGCACUCAGGUGAUAGAGACAGGUGCAUCACUGUGAAUUUGAGACCUGCCUAGUCUACAAAGAGAGUUAAUGGGAUGGCCAGCACUACAUACAGAGACCCUGUCUCAAAAAAAAGAAAAAAGAAAGAAAGAAAGAAAGAAAGAAAGAAAGAAAGAAAGAAAGAAAGAAAGAAAGAAAGAAAGCAGAGAAAGCUGACUUGUGAUUGCCAAUAAAUUGUAUGUUCACAGUUCGAGGUCAGCCUGGUCUACAAGAGCUAGUUCUAGGACAGGCACCAAAGCUACAGAGAAACCGUCUCGAAAAACAAAAAAAACAAAAAAAAAAAUUGUAUGUUGAUAGCUUAGACGUCAGUUAAAAAAAAAAAACAACACAAAAUUAAACUAGGCAUAGUGUCGCAUGCUUGUAAUCCCAGCACUUGUGAGACUGAGACAGGAGGAUCACUGCAAGUUCAAGGUCAGCUUUGACUAUUUUAAGAUUUUUCUUUAAAAAAGAAAAUGACUAGACUUGAUGACCCUCAUCCUUGCACUCAGGAAGCAGAGGCAGACAGGUCUUUGGGGUUCACAUAGUGAGUUCCCGGCCAGCCUGGGCUACAUAGACCCUAACUAACAAUAGCAAAAAAUCUGAGGACAUGCUCAAUGGGAUAACAUGGUGCCUCGCAUGCAAGGAAGUCCUGGGUUCCCCCUUUGGUGCUGUAUGUACACAACAAAAAUGAGGGUCAGGAAAGCAAAGAGAAAAACAAUUAACAUCAAACUUUUAAUGCCAGAAAGAAAUUUUACUUAUGUUAUGGGGAGUGUGUGUGUGUAACGCCUGCGUCCCUCCUGAGACUGGGCGGUCUCAGAAUGAGGCUUCUGAGCUAUGAAGCUCUGGUCUUGACAUGGAAACUGUAUGAACGUUAGAAGACUAUAAUCAGGAGGGUCGUCAGAACAUCGCUUCUAGACAUCUGUUUAUAGAAAUCAAGUUUGAACUUCUAAAUUGUAUAAAGUUGGGUUGAAUGUUGUGUGUCACAUAGGACAUUGGUGUUUUCCUGCAGCGCUUAUCAUCUUGUGACGAAGGCCAGCGCUGUGCAGGCCUGUUUCUGUUGACUGCUGCUUUUGCUGAUGUGGGCCAAUAGAACGCUGUGCCUUAAGGUGUGUAGGACAGGUAACAAAGGGGGCAGGGGUCACUGCCACAGAGCAGAGAGCCAUAUAUCUGAGCCCUUGCUAUCUUCCUCUCUCUCUUACUCUGCUCAGAUACUUUGGCAAAGAUUUUCAGUGCUGGGUUGUUGAGGUGGGAUUGGGGCAGGUCUCUGUUAUUAACAUGAAGUGGUUUUUGUUUGUAUAGCUGGGUGUCGUGCUCUUGCCUGUAAUCUCAGCAUUCAGGAGGCUACAGCAAGAGAGUUGACAUGAGUUUGAGGUCAGCCUGAACUACAGUGUGAGAACCUGUCUCAAAAACAAGGCAGCUGAGCAUUGUGGCUCAUGCUGAUAAUCCCAGCUCAGAAGGCUGCUGCAGAAGGUUGCCUGCACUCUGAACGUAGUGAGCUCUCUAAGACAGCAUGAGCCACAGAGACACCUGUCCAUCCCUGUCGCCCCCCCCCCCCCACUUCCCCAGACAGGGUUUCUCUAUGUAAAUCUGGCUGUCCUGGAACUUACUUUGUAGACCAGGCUGGCCUCGAACUCACAGAGAUCCACCUGCCUCUGCCUCUCCAGUGCUGGGAUCAGGGGUGUGCACUCUAGCUGAGACACCCGUCUUAAAGAGAAAAGAAAGGGCUGAGACUAUAGUUCAGGAAGAGCCCUUGCCUGUCAUUUUAUCAGAUCCUGGUUCAAUCCUUAGGACUGCAAAAAACAAUAUUUUUAAAAGUUUAAACAGGAUGUGGUAGUACAUGUCUAUAAUCUCAGAACUGGUAGAGGGAGGCAAGAGGUCAGAGGUUGAGGACCAUCCUUGGUUAUUUAACAAGUUUGAGGCCAGCUUACCCCCCCCCCCCCGUCUCCCCUAAUGAGGAAAGUUACCUGAUAGCAGAGGGAAAGGCCACGUAGACUUUUUAUUGGAAAUUAGAAGAAGCCAGAGAGGCAUGUGCCAAGUGCACAUCUGAAUGAUUGUUGAGAAUACAGUUUCCUAAUUAGUGAUCAUGAAGAAAAUGGGUAUUUUUAGCCUGGAAAAAGCUUGACAGUUAACAUGGUUCUGUUUACCUUGAUUAGUAUAAUAAUCUGUGCAGUGUUCCAGAGGUGUGGAUUCAUUUUUGUCUCAAACAUAAUUCUCCAACUUAAAAUUAACAAACGGAAUGGACUGUUAGAGGUUUAUAGGCAAAAAUAGCUGUUUUCAAAUGACUCUUGGCUGCUGGCACCCUGACUAGGUCUGCUCUGUGUGUCCGAGCAUCAGAGAUUGUUCUAGUGCCUCGAGAGUGUCUGGAAGCAUAGUAGAGGAGUCUGUGUCUGCUCCGGCUGUCGGGCUCUUCUGAGAUACCUGGGAAUGGGGUGCUAGCAGUAAGCUGCUGUGUGUGGCUAACUAGAGAGAGAAGUUUCCAUUCAGAUGACUGUGUGUACAUUCCUGGAGCGCAUGCUGACUUUAACUCCCUCCCACCUUUUAAGGGGAUGGAGAGUCUGCAGAGACUGUCCAUGCCUAACCACCUCACCUUGCUAGUUACUGUGGGGAUGGAUCUGUCCAUCUAGUCCUCCCCUCUGAGCAGAGCUUCUACUUUAGGGAAGCCUGCUUCAUUGUUCCAAGUUAAUUUUGAACAUGAGGUCUCUGUUGUUCAUCUCAAAAAGGAAGUAGGUUUUGCUUUUCAGUUAUACGGCCAUGAAGAUGAAAGGUGUGGGAGGAGACUCUUUCAGUUAGUUAGAAAUGUAGGUACUGGACAGCCAAGCAUGGGGCACAUGUGAAAUCCCAGCACUGAGAGGCUGAAGCAAGAGGCUCAGGAGUUCAAGGCCACACUGGGCUACAGGACGGCACUGGAUAAGAACACGAUACACAAGCGGGAAGGCCCAAAUUCAGAUCCUAGCACCCACUCUAGCAAGUCCUGGUCCCAGGGGCACCCAUAACCCUAACCUGUUAGCAGGCUAAGGACGAAGGGUUACUAGGGUUUGCUGGUUGCCAGCCUCGCUGAAAAGAUGAAUUUCAGGUUCAGGGAGCGACCCUGUCUCACAGGAACACAAGAGAGUAAUGGAAGAGGACACCCAAGGUUCUCUCCCUCCACAAACAGGCACAUCCCCACACUCACACACAAGGAAUUGGGUAUGCCCUGACUUCAUGUAGCCUUCUAGGUCAGCAAAGUUUGUUGCUUUUUAAAGACAGGGCCUCACUCUGUAGGUUGACUUCAAACUCAGGGCAAUCCUCCUGCCUCAGCCUCUUGAGUGCUGGGACUGUAAGUGUGAGCUCCACGUUGGACUGGGUCAGUUGAGAAGAUCUACCAUGAUCUUCGGGGUGAAGAGGCCUAGCUGACUGCGAAGGCUGGGUGUGUGAGAAUCAGUAGCAGAUGAGCGGCUGCGUGGGUGCCAGUGCUGUGCUAAUUCAGGGAUGUAACCCCACAUUUGCAUCUGGGUUGUGUUUUCCCCCCAAAAAAGAAAAAAGAAUGUUACAACUUCUGUUCUUCCUGCCUUCAGGGAAAUUGAUGACAAAUGUGUAAAUGUGCCUUCCCUCCAUAUUCUGCUUCUGUGGGGGCUUGUCAUUGUGAUGCCAAAGCGGAGCCCUCGUGGCUGCUAUAGGAGAAGGGGCCUUGGGGUUGCUCCGAACUCUGUGCCUUAAAAGAUACUCUGUCAGAUGUAUAUGUUCUUUUGUUUUUUUCCAGACAGAAUCUCACUGUGUAGCUCUGACUGGGAAGAAACUUGCUAUGUAGUCCAGGCUAGCCUCAAAUUUAGAGAUCCACCUGCCUCUGCCUCCUGAGUGCUGGGAUUAAAGGUGCCUGGCAACAGAUAGUUUUUAUAUCUCGUUGCUGGGUACAUGUUAGUAUAAAUGUAUAAAUGCAUAGUGAUCUUUCCAAUUUUCUCUUUGCGGGUCAGCUCUGAAUUAUCUGGAAUAACCUGGAAGCUUAUUAAAUACAUAGAUAGGGUUUUUAAUCCACUGGGAAUAGGAAAACAGUGAAUAAGAGAAAAUAUGUGCGUUGAGGCCCAAGGAGCUGGUUCGUGCUCACAGGGAAGCCAGCGGGUAAGUGCAAAGACACCAUGGUCAGUGCACAGCGACCAAAGUGAGCUUCCCUCUGUGGCCGUUUGUCUUUUCCUCCUGUUGAAGCUGCCUUGACACUUAGAAAAACCCUCAGAGAUGGGUGUGGUGAAGCCCCAGGACUCAGGAAACAGAGGCAGGUGGAUCUCUGUAAGUUCCAGGCCAGCUUGGGCUACACGGUUAGACCCUGUCUCAAAAGAAAAGCCUCCAGGCUUCUGGACAGGGAAGAGCCCAGGUGAGAGGCUGUGGAACUGAGCUCUGAAGCUCUGCUUCCCCAGCUCAGCACCUCACUGUGCGAGAAAUAACUUGUUCCGAGAAAGCUUGUGUGGCUGUCCCCUACGUCAGCCACCUCCAGGGCUAGAAGAGCUGAGGCCCAUAGUGAACUCCUGUCAGAGUCUGACAAUGAGCAGGGGUCCCUUUUUGUCCCAGUUCCUGGAGACCAGCUUUCUCUUCUCUCCUCAUGCAGACAGAUGUUUCUGUCAAGGCCAUCAGUAUGCACUUUAACUUCUUACUUCCUUUUUGUGUUUUGUUUUGCUUCGAGACAGGGUCUCUCUCACCCUAGCCAGGCUGACCUGGAACUCACUGUGCGACCUAGGCUAGCCUCAGACUCACAGCAGUCCGAUGCCAUGGCCUCUCACGCCCUGGCUCACAGAUGUGUCACCGGGACAGACCGGCUCUAACCCCGUCGGAGUCAUGCUCUGUUUCCUUUACUCACAGGGAAGAUGUUAGAUUGAAUAGCCUUGGGCCUCGGGUGCUGUCCUUCUGAAGGCUGGGGGAGGAGGAUAGUCCUAAACUCUGCAGUAGUGAGUUGACUUGUUACAGUCAGGAAGUUGUGACCCUUUGUGUCUUCCCGGACCCCCACCCACUACUUCUGUUCCUUCCAUCCCUCGGCUCUUGUCGUAGGAAGGCUUUGCCCGGCACUGGAACGUAGAGUCGGUCAUCUCUAAUCUUCAGGGCUCCUCUUUCUUUCUUUCCUCCUCCCCCACCACGUUUUGCUCUGAGGUGAUUUGUUUCUGAGAAUUAACUAGGUUAUACUUUCUAUCUGUGUUCCCACUUGGUUUCUGACAUCUUGGAUGUCAGCUGUUACAGUAGCAGGUCCGCUCCCUGGCCUCGCCCAGUGUGUCCUUCUGCCAAGGCCAUUUGGAGGCGGAUGCCCAAGAGUCUUUACAGUGUCUUCUUGUUCUUCAAGUUGUCUGGCAGCUUUGUGUACAGUAAAAUUGCAGGAAAACUUAAAUAAAAGUUUCUUUUUUAUUUAGGAUAAAAUACUUCCAUUCUAAUGAGCAAGCGUGUGUGUACAUGUGUGUGAAUGAGCAUUUAUGUACAUAUACCUAUACAGAUCUAUAUUAUAUAUACAGUUUUGUACUAUCAUUUAAA